GUUUAAUAUUUGACAGUUCACAACCAUUCGCGUAUUUCUCUUAUAUUUCACGUGGUGAACAGGACGAUCUGAUUAAACAUUUCGAUUAAAACAAUUUCAGUCAAUUCAAGAGGACUGUAGGUGCAUUUUUAUUGAAACUACCACUGAAAGGCACAACUGGAAAAUGGUUUUCGUUGAAACGAGUUUCCCUCGCGGUGGUGUCAGCAAACCGGUCACAGAAUCUGUGUCCAUUACAACACCGAACAUUGAAUUCGGUGCAGCCACAUUCAAGCGGAAAAAGGAGAAACUCAACAAGAAGCAACGCACGGAGAAACGUAAACAUGAAAAUGAGGAACGUCGCACGGAACAAAUUGAGGCAAAUUCAGCUGAACUGCUCAGCUUUCGAACGGUGACCGAAGGCAUGAUUGUCAUGGGUUGUGUGACUAAGAUCGAGACAACUUAUCUGCAAAUUUCCUUGCCGGGUCGUCUAACCGGACAGGUCAAUGUGAAAAAUAUAUCGAAGUCGUACGUCAACAUUCUGAACCAGAUGCUAAACGACAUCGACAAUGCGGAGGGAUACAAAUCGUUGGAGGAGAUGUUCAGUCUCGGACAAAUUGUUUGCGUUCGCGUUACGGAUGUACGACAAGGUUCCGGCGGCAACGGCGGUUUUGGUAUUUCAUUAUCCAUGAAUCCCGCUGACAUUCAGUCAGAAUUCCACCACAAAAAGAUCCACAAAGGAAUGAUACUGUCGGUUGCGGUUGAAGGCGUCGAAGACCAUGGUUAUGUUAUCGAAACGGGCGUCAAGAAUCUGAGAGGUUUUCUGCCGAUUGGAAAUUCAACUACAGCUCUAGGUGUAGGACAGGUAGUUUUCUGUCGCGUGACCGAGAUGAAAUCGGCGAAUGCGGCAAGCACAGCCAUUUUGUCGGUGGUUGACGGUGGUUCGAAGAAAGUGAAGCUGUUGAAUGACCCGAAUUUGACCUACAUCCUACCGACAACGAUCGUCAAAUUUAAGAUCAAAAAAAUCCUGAACGAUGGAUUGCAAGGCUCUUUGAUGAACGAGACAUUCACCGGUUACAUAAACGAACAUCAAUUCGGAUCGACAAGUUCGUCGAGAAAAUUCAAGGAAGACGAGGAGAUCGACGCCAGAGUCCUGUACAUUAUGCCGAUCACGAAAUUGGUCUACCUGUCGCUGAAUCUUAGCGAUACCAUUGCAAUGAGUGGCGACGAAUUGAAAAUCGGGGCAGUAAUUGACAAGGCAAAGGUAGCCCGUAUUGGAACUGGCGGUCUAAUAUUCAAAUUGAAAGAUGGUGCCAAGGGUCUGGUUAGUCUACGGUCGCUGAGAACUGGAGUUCAGACGAACUUCGAUAGUGAUGAGGUGAUGCAAAAGUACCACAAGAACUCAUUCCAUCGCGUCCGGAUCGUCGCCUACGAUCCAAUGGAUUCGUUGUUCAUUUGUUCCGUGAAUGAGAAAAUCAUCGAAGAGAAAUUCUUUUCGGUUGACGAUGUCGAUAUCGGCGAUUAUGUGGAAGCGAAAGUUAUUCGGCGCCUGAAAGACGAAGCACUGCAGAUCAAAGUGGGAAAUAUCAGAGGCUACAUCGAAAAAGCUCACAUUUCCACCACAACAUCAGCUGCAAAACUUACACGCAACGCCAAGUUCCGCUGUCGGGUCAUUCGCAAAAGUGUCAAAAACAACAAAAUCUUCCUGUCGAACCGGAAAGAACUGAUGGCAUCCGAUGCAUUGCUAUUGAAGUCAUACGAAAAGGCUGUCGUCGGUCUGGAGUACCACGGAAUGAUCGUGAAAAUAUUCGGCGACGGAUUCCUCGUCAGCUUUUGUCAAUACGUUAAGGGCAUGCUGUUCAAGAAAAAUCUCACCGAAUUGGACUUGGCCAACACGGCCAAUUUCUUCCACGAAGGACAGAUUGCCAAAUUUCGCAUCAUGAAUGUUUCGAAGGAAAGUAUCACCCUUGGCCUGGGCGAAUUCAUCAGUCAAACGGGAACGGUAUUGGACGGAAAAGUGUCCGUAGUAACGCCCAUCAGCUUGCAAGUGGCCUUCAGUAAUAACAAACUUAGUGGCAUCGUACCGUCAAUGUUCUUGACCAAAUUUCCCAGCCUGGUGCCGAUUUUGAUCAACACCUAUAGGCCGAACGAAGCCGUAACGGCUGUUUCGAUCAACCAAGAUAUUUAUAGCAUACGAGAUGUGGACGCCACCGAGCAAAUUCCAGUGAAACAUUGGAAGGACGUUAAGCCGGGAGAUAUACUGACGGCAUUCGUUAAAAAUGUGACCGGUGAGGUGAUCGAUUUGAUGUGCUUAAUCGAAGGAUAUGAGAAAAUUGUCAAGUUGCAUGCAAAGAUGUUGCUACAGGACUACGAGCGGCAAACCAAGCUGGAACUGGUUCCGGAACAGAUUCUACACAUUCGUGUGCUGGGUCGAAACAAAACGCUAAAAACACUAACUUGCAGUGCACGCCUGACCGAUGUGUGGCAAGGGAAUUUAAGUGACACGGCCAACAUCUAUCGCCAGUACUUCAAUGACCUGCAGCGAAUCAAAACAUUUUGCCAGAAGAGCAACAAUCCGAUCGGUAAUUUGAGCGUUGGUGACCUGGUCCAAGCAACAGUUAAAAACGAUUUGACCGAAGAUGCUGGAGGCUGUCUGUAUGUCAAAUUGUCGCAAAACGUUCAGGGCGAACUGUCUCCGUGUAACAUUGGCGGUGUACCGAAGGUUGGAGAUAAAAUCGAUUGUCUGAUCGUUUGGAUUGAUUAUGUGCGGAAUUGUGUGCACUUGACGAUGAAGAGGAAAUUCUUGGAACGGCGGAAGGAGAAAAAUUACUCGGAUCUACCAAAAUCGUGUCUGUACACAUCGCGAGCCAUCAAAGCGGACAUUGUGAAAAUCGUUGAAGACUUUGUGGUCUUGUAUCCGCGCAAAUUGACGAACAAGUUGGUUUUUGUGCCGAUCAAAUUUCACUACAACGAUCUGCAGCCCAUUAUCUUAGAAGGCAUCAAAGAAGGGGACCUGUGCAAUGUCACGGUUAUAGAAGCUGAUGGAGAGUGCGUCAUUGGAAUGUUUGACGAAAUCUUUUCGAAGUUGAAGACGUUCCAGCCUGCGAGAGGCAAAAAUCGUAAGAUACGGAGACUUCAGGAUGAGUACGUGGAAUAUGGUGAAAACAUGGACGAGCUGGAAGGUGACGAUGAUGAUGAUGAGGAUGGUUCAGCGAAUGAGGAUGAGGACGAUUCAGCGAAUGAUGAUGGUUCUGAAGCGGAAAAUAGUGAAGAUUCAGUGGAAACAGACGAAGAAGUUGAAGAAAUGGAGUCCAGUGAGGUUGAAUCCGAACAAGAGUCGAGCAGUAACAAAACCAACAAUCAAAAACAGAAACGUAGAUUGAAUCAGACCAGCGAAGCCGUUGUCCGUAAGAAAAGUAAAACUUCGCAAAAAAAUGGAAAUGGCUUCAAAAUCGAUCAAUUGGACGGUGCCAUCGAUUUCAAUACGAGCUCCGAUGAGGAAGAGAUCAUUUCGCCCGGACGCUAUGUUUCCCUUCCGCAGAAACAAUCUUCCAAGAAGCCUCACAAGAAAACUGAAAAAUCAAUUCAACCGGAAGCUGUGCUUCCUGGAGUGAAAAAUUUCUGGCAAGCCAACGCAGCUGACGCGAAAAAAUUGGCUCAACCGGAAGCUAGCAGUAGCGAAGAUGACAGUGAUGACGAGGUUAAGUUGAAUCCAUUCAAGAAACAAAAACUCACGGCAGACGAACGAUUCAAAGCAGCACGCGAUGAAGAAUCCCGAGUCCGUAAAAUCGAAGAGAGCUAUGCCAGUAACACCACCGAACCAACAACAGUCGAUCAAUUUGAGCGAAUCGUUUUAUCACAACCGGACGAUAGUCGAAAUUGGAUUAACUACAUGGUCUUUCACAUGCAAGCCAAUGAAACCGAAAAGGCCAGAGUUGUAGCCCGGAAGGCUCUGAACAAAAUUUCGUUUCGUGAGUCAGGCGAAAUUUUGAAUAUCUGGGUGGCUCUGCUGAAUCUGGAACUGCGAUAUGGAGAUAAGGGCACGUUCGACAAAGUCUUCAACGAAGCGUUGCGGUUGAAUGAUCCAUUCAGAGUGUAUGAGAAAUGCUUGAACAUCUACGCUGAUUGUAAGAAGAUAGCGGAACUGACUGAAAUGAUCAACACUGUCACGAAGAAAUUUCGUGCCAAUGCUGAAGCGUGGACAUUGUCGGCCAGCAUAUUUUUUACCGUUGGUUUGGAGGAGAAAGCAAAGCAAUUGCUUAGCAGAGCGCUGAAGUCAUUACCUGAGCGAGAUCAUGUGAACACAAUCGUCAAAUUUGCUACGUUAAGCAACAAACAUAAUGACAGUGAUCAUGCCCAUGCAUUGUUGGAAAAAGUCCUCACAUCAUAUCCAAAGCGUGUGGACAUUUGGACGACCUACGUCGAUAUGCUUGUAAAAGCGAAUGAAGUUGCGUUAGCACGUCAAACAUUGGAUCGGGCGACAACGCAAAAAAUUCCAGUCAAAAAGAUGCGGACGAUUUUUAAGAAGUAUUUGGACUUUGAAGAGAAAUUCGGCACGCCGGAAGAUCGGCAAAAAGUCAAGGCAAUGGCAACCAAUUAUGUCGAAAAGGAAAUUGGAGCGUACAAGUAAUGGCGCUGUUUUAUGAUCAGGAUGCAGUGUUGUACAUAAAUAUUUUGGUUCAAUAAACAAGAUGAAAAUGUUACGAAUG